GUGUCGGCUCUUACGUAGCCUACCUGCAUGUCGCGUUCGUACUACGUGCGUUGGAUUCUGUGAAAAACUUGACUCGAAAGUGUUUUGGAAUUGUGAUUAACAUAGAUAUUUCUAUAUAUGUGACGUACAUGACGUGUGUUUAUAUACUUUAUGGAAUGUUUUCUUGGUUAAUGAACUAGUGUAUUGUGUGUGUCACGUGUGUUUACGAAUGAAUGCGACGGCGUAGGCGCAACGUCGAGUCGCGCUCUUCGUGAGAUAUUCUUGCUCGCGCAGGUCGUAGCGGCCAUGUUGCAUACCUGAGACGAGUGAGGACGCAACUUUGUGGGAACGAGACGCAGAUUGCUCCAGAGUUUUGCUAAAAGGGAAUCGACCCUGCAAUGUUUUUGUCGGUAUCAUGACCGUAAUGGGGCGGUGGCACGUGGUGCUGGUCGCGCUGGCGCUGCUUACCGGCGCGGGCGCUGGCGCCGCCGCCGAACAGAUGCAGUCCCGUGCUGUCGAUACCGGUGUGGAUCUGCGGGUGCCUGAGGCUCAACCUAUAGGGACAAUUGUUGGUAGAAUACCUAUCAAGCCUGGAUUUACAUAUCGUUUUAAUGAAUCACCGAAAGAAUUUCUUCUAGACCCUAUAUCAGGUGAAAUAAAAACUAAUUUUGUUCUUGAUAGAGAAAGUGUAGAUCGCUAUGCGUUUGUUGUAUUAUCGAGCCAGCCUACAUAUCCUAUAGAAGUGCGUAUACGGAUUACGGAUGUCAAUGACAAUUAUCCUGAAUUUCCGGAACCUAGUAUAGCGGUUGCAUUUUCUGAAAGUGCGUCACCCGGAACUAAGUUGCUUUUAGAUGCCGCAACUGAUAAGGAUUUAGAUGAAAAUGGAAUUGCUAAUGACUACAGAAUAGUUGAUGGAGACACAGAAGGAAAAUUUCGGCUGAAUGUAACAGUAAAUCCAAGUGGUCAUACAUCAUAUUUGCAUUUAGAAACAACGGGAAAACUUGAUAGAGAAACUAAUGAUUUCUAUGUAUUAAAUAUAUCAGCACGAGAUGGAGGCAGUCCGCCUAAGUAUGGCUAUUUACAAGUAAACGUAACAAUCUUAGACGUGAAUGAUAACCCACCAAUAUUUGACCAAAGCGAUUUUUCAGUUUCGUUAAAUGAAAGUGUACCACCAGGGACCACUGUGCUCAAGGUUACUGCUACGGAUAGUGACCUUGGUGACAAUAGUAAAAUAACUUAUGAAGUGACUGACACUGAGAAGCAAUUCGCUGUAGAUCCAGAGUCUGGCGUGAUAACAACCUUAAAAAAAUUGAGCUGUCCUCAGUACUGCAGUAAUACUACUUGUAAUAUGACAUGUGUUUUAACAGUUAUUGCGAAAGACCACGGGGUUCCCCGUCAAGACGCUCGUUCUUAUGUGACUGUAAAUCUAAUUGAUGCAAAUGAUCACGAUCCAGUCAUAACAUUUACUUAUGUUCCGUCAACAGCCAACUUUGCUACUGUUGAUGAAAAUGCUAAAAAUGGAUCUCUUGUUGCUGCUAUAACCGUAACUGAUUUAGAUGCAGGUCUUAAUGGUAUAACGACUGUUAGUAUAAAGUCUGGCAACGAAUUAAACCAUUUUCGAUUAGAAAAUUCUAGUAGCGUGUAUAUCGUUCAUGUUAAUGGAAUUUUAGAUAGAGAAGAAAUAAGCAAAUAUAACCUUACUAUGGUAGCGACUGAUAAAGGCAUACCGCCACGGACGGCAACUGCAUUCUUAGUCAUACAUGUUAAUGACGUCAAUGACCAUGAACCUGUAUUUGAAAAAUCUGAAUAUUCUACAGUUUUAAGUGAACUUGCCCCUCCUGGUACUUAUAUAGCGGGUAUAACAGCAACCGAUGAAGAUACUGGAGUUAAUGCAGAAAUUUAUUACGAUUUUUACGAUGGUAAUCAACAGCAGUGGUUUUCGAUAGACCAUUUAACUGGUUUAGUUACAACAAAAUCUCUACUAGACCGGGAAAUACAAGGGACAGUGGAAUUGAAUGUAUCUGCAAGGGAUGGUGGACCAAAUCCGAAAUGGGCGUAUACAAGAUUGAAAGUAACUAUCCUAGAUGAAAAUGACGAAGCUCCUUCGUUCCCUCAGCAGCAAAUAAAUGCAACCUUAGCUGAAAAUAUCAGCCCAAUAAAAGAAAUUUUAAUUUUAACAGCUUCAGAUUAUGACCAGGGAACCAAUGGCUCUGUAUCUUAUUAUUUACCACCUAGCACUGAAAGAAAAUAUCCUAAUACAUUCAUAGUUGAUCCAGUCACAGGUCAACUAAGUACGAUUAUAGAAUUAGACAGGGAAAAAACACCAAGCUACGAAAUUCAGGUUCUCGCUAAAGAUCAAGGGUAUCCUCCGCAAUCAUCAACAGCUACUAUUCUUUUACGAGUGCUUGAUGUGAAUGACAAUGACCCCAUUUUCUAUCCUCAAAGAUACAUCACAAGCAUUGCCGAAGAUAUGUCUCCGGGAUCUACUAUUUUGCAAAUACAAGCUUUUGAUGACGAUGACGGCGACAAUGCCAAAAUAAUGUAUUCUUUGGAAAGUGGUGGUGACGGAUUUUUUGAUGUUGAACCUUGGACAGGAAACAUAAUUUUAUUGAAAGAUUUUCGUAAAGCUCCUAAAGCUUUUUAUUCUUUGAUAGUAUCUUGUAAAGAUAAAGGUAAUAGAAGAGCAUUGGAGGAUGCAGUAGUUGAAGUCAUAAAAAAAUCUCAGACUAAAAACCUGGAUUUUGAAAAUUAUAACGGUUAUAAGUUUAGAAUAGUAGAAGAUGAUGGAACCUUAAAAGAACAAACCACACGUUUUGUUGGUAAAGUUAGCAGCACAACAACAAGUGAUGAGAUAUCCUAUUUCAUAACGGAAGGGGAUCAAAAGCAUGUGUUUCAAAUAGAUAAAAAGACAGGUGUUAUAAGUACUCAAGGAAACAUAGACCGUGAAGAGAAAAUGACAUACCACCUUAAAAUAAUGGCAAGAAGCGGAUUCUCGUAUGGGUUUACUAUUGUCAACAUAUCUAUAUUAGAUGUUAAUGAUAAUUAUCCCGUUUUUAUUGAAGGCAAGGAUGAAAUACAUAUUGCGGAAAAUAUGGCUGUUGGCCAAGAGGUCUAUUUUGCUCGUGCCAUUGACCGUGAUUCUGGAUCUAACAGAACAAUAUCUUACACUUUAAGCUACAACUCCGAAAAUAGUUUCAGAAUAUCAGAGACAACCGGAGUAAUUUAUUUAAAUAAAGCUUUUACCAAUGAACCUGGUACCAUAUUGCCAAUAGAAGUUACUGCAACUGAUCACGGAAAACCGGUUCUUGCUACUAAAUAUAGUAUAUCAGUUAUAUUAGAUGAUGUCAAUGACCACACUCCUGUGUUUGAUCAUACUUCAUAUGAAACGUCUCUUUUGGAAUCGACGUUGGUUAAUACAAGAUUUUUUGCAAUUUCUGCUUCGGAUGCUGACUUAGGUCUAAACGGGCAAAUAUCCUAUUCAAUCAUAGAAGGUAAUACUGACGGAAAAUUUGGCGUGUUUCCGGAUGGUUUUCUGUAUGUAAAAAGUCUACUCGAUAGAGAAGAGAAGGAUUACUAUUCAUUAACGAUCGUAGCGUAUGACCACGGUAAUCCGCCACGUUCUUCACAAGUACCUGUUGUCAUUCAUGUUUUAGAUGAAAAUGACAACAGUCCUCAAUUUACAAACACAACGUUUAUAUUUAAAAUAAAAGAAAAUGAGCCGCCCGAUACAUUUGUUGGAAAAUUAACUGCAACUGAUGAGGAUAUAGGUCGAAAUGCAGAAUUAACAUUCAGUUUACCUAUAUCUCAAAAUGACUUCAGAAUAGACUCAAGAAAUGGAUUUAUUAAAACAUUGCGAUCGUUUGACCGAGAGAGUUUAUCACAAACAACAGGGCAAAAUUAUAUUACUUUAACGGUGACAGUAAGUGAUAAUGGAAAAGUUAAACUCUCUGAUUCUGUUAGAGUAACUAUUUAUAUAACAGAUGUCAAUGAUAAUGCACCUAUAUUUACCCGUACUCCAUAUUCUGUAGAAGUGUCUGAGGGAGCAAGUGUUGGUGCUUCUAUAAUGAGAGUGUACUCUUCUGAUGCUGAUGAAGGCUUGAACGGAGAUAUUUAUUACAAACUCAUUGCAGGUGAUGAUAUGAGAAAAUUUAUGCUCGAUGAAGCGACUGGCCAACUUUUUAUAAAUAAACCUCUAGAUCGAGAAAGUAUUGAUCGUUAUCGACUUGUUGUCAUGGCGCAUGACUCCGGUCAGUCUGUCCGACUUUCAGCAACAACUACCAUUACUGUUGACGUUUUGGAUGAAAAUGAUAAUGCACCUAUAUUUAGCCAAACACAAUUGGCAGUAGCAGUAUUAGAAACUGAACCGAUAAACAAAAAAAUCAUCCAAUUUCAUGCAAAUGAUGCCGACUUAGGAAUAAAUAACGAGUUGCAAUAUUCAAUAUCAUCGGGUAAUAGAAAGGAGACAUUCUUUAUCGAUAGUUAUUCUGGUGAAUUAUUUUUACAUAAGCACUUGGAUUAUGAAGAUUUGACGGCAUAUGUUCUAAACAUUACAGUUUCGGAUAAUGGAAGUCCUAGCUUAUCAUCAAGUAUAUCUUUUACUGUGAAUGUAAUUGAUGCCAAUGAUAAUGCUCCUAUUUUCACCAACACAGCAAUAGUGCGGCAAAUAAGAGAAGGUAUUCCUACACAUACUCCCAUAGUGACAGUCACAGCUGAAGACCCUGAUUCUGGUUUAAAUGGGAAAGUCUACUAUUCUAUUAUACAUCAGGAGCCAUACGACGGCAGGCGUCACUUUGCUAUUAAUAAUGUUACGGGUGUAAUUCAUACUUUGUUGCCAAUAGACAGAGAAAGUAUUGAUACAUUUAGAAUAACGGUUGUGGCAUAUGAUAGAGCGGAGCCACCAUCAACACGUCUUUCUGCAGAGAAACUGGUAACGGUUAUAGUUGAAGAUAUAAACGACAAUGCUCCUGUGUUUGUAUCCAUGAACGCUGCCGUAGUUAACUCAGAGCGAUUAGGAAGAAGUAUAGGCAGGGGAAUAUUCAUUAUGAAUAUCCUUGCACGUGAUUUGGAUUCAGGUACAAAUGGACUAGUUACUUAUAAACUGAUACACGGUGGAAAUGAUAUGUUUGAUUUGCAUCGAAGUAAUGGUGCUUUAACUCUACGAUAUCCUCCUGCCACACCAGAAGCAAGAUGGAAUUUGGUUAUAAAAGCAACUGACGAAGCCGUACUAAGUGAGCAAAAAAGCACAGAAACAUAUUUAACCGUUAUUAUGGGUGGCACUGAACUAGAAGGUAUAACCUGGUUGAACGCGGGCUCCGUCUCAGUGGCGGAAAACGAACCGGGUGGGACUGCUGUUUUGAAUAUGACGAACAAUUAUAGAUCAGGGUUAGAGUAUUAUAUAGUGAAUGUGACUGGUGAUGGAAAGCAAGUGGACAGAUUGUUUGAUAUUGACUCUUCUCUGGGGAUAUUAUCAACGGCAGUGCCUCUUGAUCGCGAAGCAGGUGUAGAAAAAUAUGAAGUGGAAGUAUGUGCAGUGUCAUCAAGCUCACCGUUACAAUCUACAACCACAAAGGUAAACAUUUUUAUGUCUAAAACACUUUAA